AUGACUCCACGGACUGGCUCCACAGAAAAGGAGACAAGACCCGUUCCAGCUUUCCCACGGCUUCUCACUUGGGAAGAGAUCAAACUCCACAAUGGCCAUGGCCAAGGGCAGCAGCAGUGGCUGGUGAUCGACAGGAAGGUUUAUGAUGUCAGCCAGUUUUCCAAAAGACACCCUGGAGGCAGCCGGAUCCUGAGACACUACGCGGGGCAAGAUGCUACGGAUGCAUUCAUUGCAUUUCACAGUGAUAAGUCUCUGGUGCAAAAAUACUUGAAAUCUCUGCUGAUUGGGGAGUUGGCACCAGAUCAGCCCAGCUUUGAGUCAAAUAAGAAAAAAUGCCUGCUGGAGGAUUUUCGGGAACUGCGCUGCACUAUUGAGAAGAUGGGACUUCUGAAGCCAAAUUCCCUCUUUUUCUUCCUGAUUUUCCUUCACUUCCUGGUACUGGAUGCUGCAUCCUGGCUUGUGGUCUGGUACUUUGGGAUAUCCUUAGUGCCUUUCGUGGUUGGCAUGGUGUUAUUCACCACUGCUCAGAUCCAGAUGGGCUGGUUCCAGCAUGAUCUGGGGCACUGCUCUGUCUUGAAGAAGACUAAAUGGAACCGACUUAUGCAGAUUGUUGUGAUAAAUGUUCUGAAGGGGUUGCCAGCCAGCUGGUGGAACCACCUGCACAACCAGCACCACGCCAAACCCAACUGCUUCCGCAAGGACCCCGACCUCAACAUGCACCCUUUCCUCUUCAGCCUGGGAAAGACCCUCUCCAAGGAGCUUGGAAAAAAGAAGACAAAGUUCAUGCCUUACAAUCAUCAGCACAAAUAUUUCUUCUUUUUGGCCCCACUUGCAAUUAUACCCUUCUUCCAAGUGAUUAUAUUCUACUUUUCAAUCAAGAGGAAGCACUGGUUGGACCUCUUUUUGAUUGUGCUUUUCAACAUCCGAGUCUGUCUCAUGUAUGUUCCUUUAAUGGGAUUUAACAAUUUCAUGGUGUACUACUGGGGGUGCAGGUACCUAGAGAGUAACUGGUUUAUUUGGGUGACACAGAUGAAUCACAUUCCAAUGGACAUUGAUUAUGACCAGAACAAGGACUGGGUGUCAACUCAGCUCCAUGCAACAUGCAACGUAAAACAAUCUCUGUUCAAUGACUGGUUCACUGGGCACCUGAACUUCCAAAUUGAGCACCACCUUUUCCCCACAAUGCCCCGACACAACUACUGGAAAGCAGCUCCCCUGGUGAAAGCCCUCUGUGAGAAGCAUGGCAUUGACUAUAAAACCAAGCCUUUACUGACAGCCUUUGUAGAUAUUUUGCACUCACUGAAGGAUUCUGGGGAGCACUGGCUUGAAGCCUAUCUGCAUGGGUAG